AUGAUUUCAAUCUUAUCUUUUGUUACCCCUGUAGAAGUGUAUGUUGACCCCAAUUCAAAUUGUGGUGGAGAUGUUGAAUGUGGUUCUUAUGGAAAACCAUUUCCAGAUCUUCGAUCUGCAUUGAAUUCAAAUAUUGACAAAUCUAACUUUGUUAUCAUCGCCAUGCCUGGAACCUAUCGAGGAAUUAACAACAAAGAUCUAAAAAUUAAUUUCAAUCUAGAAUUAAGAUCUGUUGGAGGAUACUUAACAACAAUCAUUGAUUGUGAGAGUACUGGUAGUGCCUUUACUGUUUUUUCUAUUUCCUCUUUUAUGAUGAAUGGAUUUACAGUCACCAAUUGCAAUUCUCAAACAGGAGGUGCAAUUUCAGCAACAGAUUCCAACAUUAUAAUCAAAAGUUCCAAGUUUGUUAACAACAAAGGAUAUCAAGGUGGUGCUUUAUAUUUCGAUAAAUCGAAUGUCAAUCUGGAAAAUUCAUUUAUCAACAAUAACGAAGCAUUAGAAAACGGUUCGGCAAUCUAUAUAUCAGAUUCUUCAUCAAAUAUUGUUUCUACCGAGAUAAAAUGCAACACUGGAAAUGAAAUACAAUUGAUUGAAACUUCAAUGAUGUUGUUUUCAACUAAUCUCUCAAAGGUUGCUGUGAAUUGUGUUAAUUCAUCAAUUGAUUCUGGCAAUGGUGAUUCAUAUUGUUCAUUAUCAAACAAUCAACAAUGUACUUCACAAACAUUAGCUACUAAAUCUGAGGAAUCAAGUGUAUCGAUUGAAUCGGAUAAUCCACCAGAAUUCCUUUCAAUUCAACCUGGAUGGAAGUUUAGAUCAUUCCAAUCAUGUAUCAUUCCAGAGCCAACUCAAUUCAAAGGUGAAAUCACGAUUCCCAAUGGAUGUGUAAAAGUUCCAACAAAUUAUUUGAUUACUCCUGAAUUCAGCAAUUGGAUUGGAUCAGCAAAUUGUCCAGUUUCAGGUAUUUUAGAAUCAGAUAUCAAAAUCAACAAGACAAUUGAUUAUGAUUUCAAAUUGGAAGCAACCAAUCUUGGAGUUGUUGUUUAUGUUGAUAAUACAGUUCUUUUUGAUUCAUACUUUUCAAAUGAAAAGAUCAAAUCAUUCAGAACCAAACUGUUAUCAUCGAAACAAGAAUAUCAUUCAGUCACAAUUUUGAUAUUCUCAGCAUCGAGUGGUCAAAGAUCUUUAAGUUUGAAAUGGAAGAGUUCUGAUUCUGGUGAAUAUCAAUCUUUGAAUUCAUAUUUGAUUUUAGAAGAAUCAAAACCAGCACCAAUAUGUGGUGAUAAGAUUUGUAAUGAAGCUCCUGAAAGUUGUUUAUUGGAUUGUUUUGAUCAAAUCGUCAAUGAUUGUUCAGGACAAGCACCACCAAUUGGACUUGGAAGUAGAUUCAAAGGAGGAAUGUCAAACAUUCAAACUCAAAUUUUAGACAAUUAUUACCUCUUUUCUUUACCAGGAUUGAAUUAUAUGGGUCAUGGAGUUGAUCUCGAAACAAUGGAAGAUAAUGCAGCACCUUUAUUCUCGAUUUCAUAUUGCAGCAAUCAAUCAUUUUCAACAUUGGAAGAUCAAUAUCGUGAUAUGGUUUAUACAAUUCCACAUGGAUUCUCUGCUCAGAAAUCAAUCAAAUGUGAUUAUUCAACAAUGAGUAGUUUCUCAUCAACUGCAAAAUCAUUUUCAUAUGAGAAAGCAAUUGAAUUUGGAAUUCAUACCGAAGCAAAUAUGGAAUUGGAUUAUUGGUUUGUGGAAGCAUCACUCCAAUUGGCAUUUUCAUUGGAUGUUGGAGUACAAUUUGCAGGAGGUUAUGAUUCAACAGUUUCUGGAUCGAUUGCAUCAACCAAAUUCAAAUGUGAAAUCUAUAAAGCACACAAUAAUGAUCCGAAAUUCCAUCCGAAAUUCAUUCAAGAUAUUUCAAAAGUCAAAAAUGUUGAUGAUAUGAUGGUUGUUGUUAAAAAAUAUGGAAUCUUUUACAAAGAAACCGCAACUCUUGGUGGAACUCUUGAACAAAUUUCAAAAGUCAGUCAAGUCAACUUUGCAUCAAGAUCAUCAAAUUCACUUGAUAUCAAUCUUGAAUUGUCUUUUGCAGCACAAGCAUCUGGAUUUGGAAUGAAAGGUGGUGGAAAGCUAGCAACAUCUAUCUCAUCCUCAUCAAGUGAGUCUAAACAAAAUGGAUUUGAACAAUCAUCAAGUUUCUCUAAACUCAUUGUUAAAGGAGGAUCACCAGGAUCUUAUGGUUCAAAUGUCGACAAUCCAAUUCAAUCAUGGGCAGAGAAUCUUGAUCUUCUUCCAAUGCCAAUCGAUUACAAAGUUAAAUAUGUUGUUGAUAUCAUUCCUGAUACUUGGAAAAUCAAUGGUACAAUGAAUGUUAAACAACUUUGGAGAGAUGCUCAAAGAAAAUUAUAUGUUGGUAAAUUCACAUCCAUUCCGAAUUCUCUAUAUUCUGUAAUAACAAAUAUAAUUAGAAAAAACACUAAAGUAUUUUUGCUUGGACGUCUAUCUGAUUCACUGACAGGAUUUAAUGAUAUACAACUAACUUCGAAUGGAACUGUUUACCCUACAAUAUCUAGUAACGAUUGGAGAUUUUUGUCUUCAGUUCCAGGUAGUAUUAGUAAAAUGACAUCCUCAGUAAAAGUGGGAACCUAUGUCAAUACUGGUGAUUUCAAAUCAAUGGGCAAUUGUGCAUUUGUGGAUAGCAAAGGAAACUUCUACGACUAUUCUGAGCUUAUCAAAUUCCAAAGAGAAUACUAUAGGACUACUUUUAACUAUACUUCUUCAAUUUUUGAUGUUUUUUUCAACUUGUGUGGACCAGCUCCAGUAUGUGAUACAAUUCUAUCAUCCUCCGGUAAUCAAAUUUGUAGUAGAAAACCAGAUUUAAGUGUUGCUUAUUGUCUUGGUAAAUACACUGCACCUACUGUUAAGGAGAUUACGGGUGGUUUGGCUUUGAAGUAUGAAGGAACUAAAAAUGCACCUAAUUGCCCAGUUGGUAUAGAUAUAACAACCACAAUCAAUGUUCUUUGUGACACUACAGUCGACACUAUUACCAUAAGUGUACUUAACGAGUCAUCCACUUGCCAAUAUAGUCUCACAAUGAAAUCGAAAUAUGCAUGUCCACAAAUACAUCUGUAUGAUGCUCUCACCUCCAGAUUCUAUAGAAUGAGACCUGAAACUAUAUCCGGAACUUCACCUUUGACAAUCACAUAUUCACCAAUCGACUAUAAACCCAACCACAUCCAACUAUAUUUCAAAUAUUCACCUCCGAGUGGAGGUAAUAUCUUUGAUUCAGAUCAAAUUCAAAUCAAAUUGUUCACCACAUAUAAAACAUUUGUUGAAUAUAGAUUGUACUCUGAUCUCGCGAAUUAUGGAUUUGUGUCAUUCGAUUCAACAGAAUACCCAGGUGAAAUAAUUGGAAUGUCUAUUAUACCACUCAUCAACAAUUAUUUUUAUAAUUCUAAAUUUACAAUGUAUGUAGAUUGGGCAUUUGCAAUUCAACAAUGUCCAGAUGUCAAUGGAAAGAUUACAAGUGACUGUGUAAGCCCUAAAGUCACCUCCAUUGAGAAUGGAUAUUCUAGAGCCUAUGUUUCAGCACCAGGAACCUUUAACAAUCUUCUUAACAUCCACAAACCUAUCUAUAUCCCUCUAAAUCCAUUUGGAAUCGCUGAUUCAGCUGCAUAUUCAUUUUAUAAAUAA